AUUUUUGUAUCUAAAUGUAAAUAAAUGCUUCGUUGGUGAGCAUAAGAGACUUCUCUGAAAAACAUUUUAAUACAUUACCCACCCUGAACUUUUGAAUAGUAGUGUAGGUGUGAUGCCUCAUUGCAACUGUACAAACUUAGUAGUCAUUUACACAGCAUCAUUAUUUGUGGGUUUCUAUGUCAUGCAUUUGGCACCUGUUAAUAUAUGCAUUCCCCCACUUGAUUUCAAUUCAAAGCCUAUAAACCCAUCUUGUUAAAAGUCAUGUGUCCUGAUGACAGUAGGAGUGGAAGGUCUUUGUGUGUACUACUGGAGUAAAUUCUCUGCUCCUCCCGUUAUUGCUGAGGAACUCCGGAGAGUGAACCCAUCCCGGUUGCAACGGCGUCUACCUGGAACCAACAAGGUCCUUUUUAGCAGAAACGAGGAACGCUACUACAUGGAGAGGGACGAGGACACACUGCGUCUGCUGGGUUUGAAUGCAGAUAAUGGUGGUGAUGCCGAGGAUGACGACGAUGAAGAUUCUGAUGACAAAGCAGAAAAAAUAAAGAACCCAAACUCUUUACAGAGUGGCAAGUGGCAGUUGGGGCUGCAGGCCAUGUCUUUUGACCUGUACGCUAAGUAUGGAAACAAUCGCACACUCAGUCUUGUCAGUCCGAAAAAGCCGUAUUACCAGUGGAGGCUUCGGGUGCCGCCCGGUCACGUCGUGCAACUUGUCAUUCUCACACUUCAAGGGGCGACACCUGGAAGCUGCUCUGCCAACAAGCUGUCUGCUUAUGAUUUCCUACUGCCGCUUCAGAACAAGAUCAUCGCCAGAUGGUGUGGUCUGCCAAUAUCAGGAACAUCCCCUGUAAUGAAACUGACAUCUUCUGGAAACGUCAUGCUUGUCACAUUUUCUUUCAGUCGUCAGAGGCAAGGAGCCAUCUUCAAAGCUUAUUUCCAAGCUAUACCCAAAACCGAGUGCGGUGGUUUCCUCACUGCGUGGAACGGCACGGUGACGUCCCCUUACUACCCCGCCUACUACCCUCCAAAUGUGGACUGUAACUGGAAAAUCAGGGCUCCGUUGCCGGGAUACCUUCUCUCUGUGACCAUUGUGAUGCUAGACAUUCAGGAUUCACCGGCCUCGAGCACCUGCGAAAAAGAUUGGCUGGAAAUAGGUGGCGUAAAACUCUGUAACCCAGUUGGGGACAGCAGCAGAAAGAGGAUCUACUCUUCACCCGUCCAGCUGCACUUUCACUCGGAUGAGUCUUUGACCCAUAAAGGUUUUUAUCUGAUCUACAGGGCCUUCUCUCCUGAAAGCGCAUGUCCGAGGCAGUUCCGCUGUGGAGAUGGCAAGUGUAUUCCUCUGAGGAAAGUGUGUGAUGGAGCAAAAGACUGUUCUGAUGGACGAGAUGAGGCUAAAUGCUACACGUGUAAACCAGGAGAAGUUUAUUGUAUGGGUCAGUGCAGACCACACAGCCAGUGUAACACCGCAUGUGAUGACAGCAGUGAAGAGAAUAACUGUGGAGGUAAAUGCUACCAUAUGUGCCCAAACAAAAUCUGCCUCACCAAAGCCUCAGUGUGUGACGGGAUUGUGGACUGCAAAGACCGCAGUGAUGAACUCAACUGCACAAGAACAUUUUCUAAAGGAUGCUCUCCUUCCUCCUUCAAAUGUGCUAGUGGAAAGUGCUUGAGUAAGAUCAAUCCGGAGUGUGACGGCAUUAAAGACUGCAAAGAUGGUUCAGAUGAGUUGCGCUGUAGCUGUGGCACGAGGCCCAGGAAGAGGGCAAAGAUUGUGGGUGGAACGGAUGCCCAGGCAGGCUCAUGGCCAUGGCAGGUCAGCCUUCAGAUGGAGCGCUAUGGUCAUGUGUGCGGGGCAUCUCUGGUGGCCAGCCGCUGGCUUGUCUCUGCAGCUCACUGCUUUCAGGACUCGGAUGCAAUCAAGUAUUCUGAUGCGCGAUCAUGGAGGGCCUACAUGGGCAUGCGGGUAAUGAACUCGGUCAGCAACGCAGCGGCCACCAGACAAAUCCGUCGCAUCGUCUUGCAUUCUCAAUAUGACCAAUUCACCUCCGACUAUGACAUCGCCCUUCUAGAACUAAGCGCCCCUGUCUUUUUCAAUGAGUUGGUACAGCCCGUCUGCAUUCCUGCCUCCUCUCACGCCUUCACCUCCGGAACCAGCUGCUUUGUCACUGGAUGGGGGGUUCUAUCAGAAGAAGGUGAAUUGGCCACAUUGCUGCAAGAGGCCACCGUUAACAUCAUCAGUCACAACACUUGUAAUAAAAUGUAUGACGAUGCGGUCACUCCCAGAAUGCUUUGCGCCGGAAACAUUCAGGGAGGAGUGGAUGCUUGUCAGGGAGACUCUGGGGGACCUUUAGUGUGUCUGGAACGUGGCCGGAGGUGGUUUCUAGCAGGCAUCGUGAGCUGGGGUGAGGGCUGUGCCCGACAGAACCGGCCUGGAGUUUACACACGUGUCAUAAAGUUCACAGACUGGAUUCACCAGCAGACGAAAGGCCAGGUGUGACUUACACACGCACACAUAUAUUUACACCAGAGAACGGGUGAUUGGCCCGCACUCAGUUGCAUGUGAUCGAGGUGCACCGGCCCAGCUCUCAUGGUGCCCAGACACACAGCAAACAUCAACACCUCUGCAUCGGAAGCAAUUUCCUACCAAUUCCUGUUGCUCAGCGUUUGAAACCUCUACCCACGGUCUUCCAGCAGCUUCACUCCCCUCUUUAUGCCCCAAACUCAUAAGAACCACCUACAAACCAACUGUAUUCUAUAAAGCCUUGACAGUGGACUACUAGUGUAGAGAUUGAGGAGAUUAUUUGCAGUGGAAAGAGUUCUCUUGGUAAGAUUUGUGUUAUUUGCAUACAGUGGCUUAAUAUUAGUUUUCAUUCAUUUAUUCAUGUUAAUGGAAUUUUUUUUCAUUGUUUAAGAAUGAUAUAAACCCUCCACUUCAUGGUCCUUUUCAAAUAUGUCCAACUGUGAAACUGAUUGCAUGUCAGAAAUGAUGACCAACAUGAAUUUUAGUCAUUAUUGUUACUGUUUUGUAUGUUUUUGUAGGUUUUUUUUAUCACAAAAAUUAUUGGCUUCUCCCUUAUUGGGAGAGAGCAGGCAGCCCUUAAGACUCUCUCUACUGGUCAUGAUUUGACAUUACAUCUUACUCAGUACUUUUUUAGUUACGCACACAUUAUGAUCUGUAUACCUGAAAAACCAGAUGUAAAUGUCAAAAAGGAGCAAAUGUUGAUACUUUAUAUUAGAUAUAUGAAAAAUAGAAUUAUAUUAAAAAGAGGUGCUACAUUACUUCC